AUGUCAGAUUUGUUCAAUAGCAACAAGCUGACAGUGCAGCCAUGGGGAGACUUUGUCAAGUGGGGCAGCUUCAACAUCCCUGACAAACAGUUUAAGGAUCGCGCCGAGACCAAUCUCGGAUAUUAUUCUGGCAACUAUGCAAUAAUAGUCGGAGCUGUACUCUUAUUGACCUUGUUCACAAACUAUACACUGUUGUUCUCUGUGUUGGUCAUUGCUGGUGCUGCAUACUUUGCAUUUGUCUUGCGUCCACAGGUUUACAACGUUGGCGGCUUCAGACUUGAGUCAUUGCACCAGAUGAUUAUCCUCGCCGUCGUCUCGUCUGUUUUGGUUUACAAGACUAGCGGCUUGACCCUUUUGUACACAACAUUGUUCUCAUUGUUGAUUGUUCUGGGUCACAGUUUGACCAGAAAGAGAUCAAUCAACUCCAAGGUCAAUGAGAAGAUUGGAAAGGCAAAGGACUUUGUCAAGGAGGCACUUGACUAA